AUGAGAUUCGCCGUUUAUGGCGGGAUAUCGGCUUCACUGGCCGUAGGUGUGGUUGUCUCGGCCAUGUACCGACGCUCCAACUUUUAUGCGGCUUGCAUUUAUCUGUCGAAAUCGAGCGCUUGUAUCAUGAUUCUGUUAAAUAUGGGACUGGUCAUCUCUCUUCUUUUCGGAAAACUCAUGCAACGCAUUUUCUUUGGAGAGCUACGUGCCAUCGAACGACUCUUACAGCAUUUGUAUGAACGGUCCUGGUACGCGGUGACAGAGACUUGUCUUGCCAUGACCAUGUUUCGUGAAGAAUUCGACUUGCCCUUCUUUAUCCUUUUCACUGUACUUUUAUUCCUCAAGAUAUUUCACUGGUUAUGCGAGGACCGAGUCGAAUUUAUGGAUCAAUCGCCAUCGAAUCAAGCGGCUUUCCACAUCCGUAUCAUUAACCUGAUGACGAUCUUGCUUAUUGUGGACAGCUUAUUUGCCAGUCAUGCCAUCAAUACAACAAUGACCAACGGAGCUAAUACGAUGGUGAUGUUUGGAUUUGAGUAUACCAUUUUGAUCUGUGAUAUUCUUUCCACCAUUGGCAAAUAUACCCUGAAUGUGAUUGAUAUGCGAAGCGACGAGACAUGGGAAGAAAAGUCAAUGUGGAUAUUUUAUGUGGAUUUGAUCACAGAUUUCUUCAAGAUGAUCACCUACAUCAUCUUCUUCCUCUAUAUUACCUUUUUCUACCAACUGCCGCUGCAUAUUAUUCGUGAUGUCUAUGUCACUUGCCGUUCUUUCAUCCAAAAAUGUCGAGAUUUGCGCCGAUAUCGUCGUGCUUUCCGUAACAUGAACGAGCUUUAUCCCAAUGCUACUGUGGAAGAUCUGGCACGUACCAGCGACAGCACUUGUAUUAUUUGCAGAGAAGAAAUGCAUGCAAUUGACCCUACGGAGAUUCCGGAAGAAAACCGCGGUGCAAGAAACCAGCAAAUCCAGGAUCAACCCAAAAAGCUUCCGUGCGGCCACAUCUUCCACUUUCACUGUCUUCGUAGUUGGUUAGAGCGACAGCAAAGCUGUCCCACAUGGUAA